CAUACGCGGGCGACAAGGCGCUGGGCGCCGGCGCGGGGCCGUUACGUGCGCUGGGAGCGCGGGGCUGCGCUCGGGUGCGCUCCUGGGCGCUCGCCACCGCUGCCCCUGCCGCCGCCGCGCCUUUGAGUCAGCAAACUCCGCUGCUGGCCCGCGGGCCCUGACUUCCUUUACUCUGCCCUGCCUGGCCCAGAGAAGCUGCCUCCCUAAGCUGUUCUCCAGCUGCCUGAAGAUGGCUCUCUGUGACUGUCCUCCAUCAUCCUACCAUGUUGCCAGCCCAACUCAGCUGCUUUUUCUCUCACCUCUAAAAACACGCCUCCCUUUCCGACUUCCCCAGUCUUGGGUCACCAAGCUUCUUCCAGUCACCCGCCUAUUGAUUGUGUCCUGUGCUGAAGAUGUUUCCAGAACAACAAAAAGAGGAAUUUGUAAGUGUCUGGGUUCGAGAUCCUAGGAUUCAGAAGGAGGACUUUUGGCAUUCUUAUAUUGACUACGAGAUAUGUAUUCAUACUAAUAGCAUGUGUUUUACAAUGAAAACAUCCUGUGUACGAAGAAGAUAUAGAGAAUUUGUGUGGCUGAGGCAGAGACUACAAAGUAACGCAUUGCUGGUACAAGUGCCAGAACUUCCAUCUAAAAACUUGUUUUUCAAUAUGAACAAUCGCCAGCAUGUGGAUCAGCGUCGGCAGGGAUUGGAAGAUUUCCUCCGAAAAGUCCUGCAGAAUGAACUUUUGCUUUCAGAUAGCACCCUUCACCUCUUCUUGCAGAGCCACCUGAAUUCAGAAGACAUCGAGGCGUGUGUUUCUGGACAGACUAAGUAUUCUGUGGAAGAAGCAAUUCACAAGUUUGCCUUGAUGAACAGACGUUUCCCUGAAGAAGAUGAAGAAGGAAAAAAAGAAAAUGAUAUAGAUUAUGAUUCAGAAAGUUCAUCCUCUGGGCUUGGACACAGUAGUGAUGACAGCAGUUCACAUGGAUGUAAAAUAAAUACAGCUCCACAGAAAUCCUGAAAGAUAAUUCUAAUGUUACUAUCUUAGGAAUAGCAAAUUAUGUCCAGUCAUAGAAACGAAAGCUUGCUAAUAAUAUGUUCUUACCUAAAGCUUACUGUCAUGAUAUUAGGUAUUUAAAGACAUGGAGUUAUUUAUUAGUGGUAUUUUUAUGUUGUCUUAUUUUAGCCAAGCUUCUGUAUAAAGCUAAAAUCCUAUGAAUGCAAUAGUGUCCUUUAGAGGUGAAUGUUACUAGUAAACAGGAUCCUGCCCUCAAAUGAAAUGAUGUAUAUGUUAAAAAAAAAAAAAACAACAAAAAACAAACCCUAGUUGGUUUUAUUGAAUUUUAAAAGCUAGGUAUAUAGGUAGCAUUUAAAAUCAAGAUAGGUCAUUCUGUCUUGUAUCAUUGGGGCAGUGUUACUAUAAAUACAGCGUGUAUAUUAACCACUUUGAAGAGUAAACAGCGUAGACCAGACUGCCUUUCUCAGACGUGUGGUUGAUAUUUUGUGGGUAUCUUCUGUGCACUAGCAAAACACUUUGCUUUUGGGUGUGUGACUGACAUAUUUUAAGAGUAUUUAAUCUUGCCAGUAUUCUACUUUACACUUAGAUGGAAAAUGUAUCUUAUGAAUACAGUAUUAAAAUAAUGUUUACAUCUUAGAAAAAACAGAAAUAGUGUGAGUAGUUUUACUUAUAAUUGCAAUAUAUAGCUUCAGAAAUACAUUUUCAUUGUCCAGAAUCAGCUUCAACAAAUGGUUUCUGGCAAUAAAUCAUUUGUUUUCAUUAUCAUUGUAUAAUUAGAAUUAUAGGUUAAUGAUUUAUUUUCUGACUAAAUGUGCAGUUUCUUACCACUAGAUAAUGUUCAGUAUCAGUGGUGGUUACUUAUUGCUUAAGUCAAAAGAAGGACCUUUUAAAAAUUAAUACAUUUAAUUUUACCAGAAAAUAUUUCCAAAAUUUCGAAAAGGAUGCCAGGCUGCUAAUUUCAGAAUUAAUUAUUUAUUAAAAAACCUUUAUUUUUAACCACAUACAUGAAGAUUGGUAUAAUUUUAAUAAAAAGUCUUUUUUGUUUGUUUUCAGUGGCCCAGAGAUUAGAUGUCUUAGAUAAACUACUUUGAACUUCAGAUUUCAGAUGAGGCAGCAUUUUCUAGAGAUAAUUACCCAAGUUUCUUUUUUGUUGAAUGGAACAAAAUAUCUCUGUGAAACUAAUAGGAGGAUAUUUUCACAUAACUGGAUAACUUGUUGCUUUAAUUAAAUGCCUAAUUGGAGAGUAAUGGGAUAAUACAGAAAAACAUUUCAUUUUAACAAGGAGUUUAAAAGUUACUGUAUUUUUUAAAAGUCUUUACAAUGUUUGUUUCAAAGAACAAACAGAAAAAUACCCCAGGAAACUAAGAAUCAACAGAAAAAUAAUUAAAUUAAGAGUAAGAAUGAUUUAUUUAAUUUGUCCUUUUCUGUGGUUUGGUCUAAAUCAUUAUUAAAUUUUUGUAAAUAUUUUGAUUUAAUGUGUUUUGGAUCUUCAUUAUUUUAAUACAAGAAAAGAAAAGAUUUAGCAAUUUCUUAUCUUGCUAACAUGUAAAGUUUGCCAUCUGGACAUUUGAGAACAAUCCCCAGCCCCUCAGCAAUAUGUAUUUGCAUUCACAAUUAUUUGUUUUAUAGCAGUUUUGAAAAGCAUAUAUUAUGCCACCAAUUGUCAUUUUUUUUUAGAUGAUGUAACCAUCAAUGAUAAGUAAUAUCUAAUAUCUGGUAUGUAAACAUCAUGAGAUCAUUUUCACAUUAAACAUGAAAAAAUCAACUUUGCUUGAUUACUUAUUUUAUAUAGGAGGAUAAAUUUCUUCUGAUUUAGACCCAAACUCAGUGUGUUUUUUUAUCAGAAAUUUUUUAUGAAGAACUUU